GUUGCUAGGUAGCAAGCCCAACGCCGCGCCGGGAGGGAGCGGGCGCAGCAAGGUGGAAAGGCUUCGAGCCGGCCCCCGGAAUUGGAUGGCUCCCCGCCGUUGCCUAGGGCGGCCGUUUUCUUCGGGGCGCCCGCGCGCCUGGUUGUCCGUGGUGGCCCGGCGGCCCGCCAUCGGGGUGGCGGUGAAACUUUGGCGAGCGUCCCGGCGCCCUGUCCCUGCCCGGGCUUCAGGCGCAGGCUUUCGCCGUGCUCGGUGUGUGAUUUACAGAACCUGGCCACGGUGCGCGAAACCCGCGCAAGCCGGAAGGCAAGGCGGCGGGCCGCGGCGCGGGUGCCGGCAAAUUAAAAGCAAGCAAACGAGUGCCGGGCGGCCCCUUCCCAAACAUGCACGCGCGCCCGCGCGGGCGCCCUCCAGCUUUGUUUUUUCUCAGGGCCUACCUGGAGACAGCGGCGCGCGAGUAGCGAGAAGCCCUGGGGCCAUGCUGCGAGCGUGGGCCCCCCCCAUCCACGUGCGUCGCCGUUGCUUGGCCGUAGGGGUAGGC